AUGACCGAUUACACCAGCAUCUCGGUGUCUGCUCCGCUUGUCGCGGCAUUUGCUAAUCUCGAUCUUCAGGAUGGCGCUCCGAAUUCUGAAGCGACCUCGCCAGCUCCCAUGGCCGUUGACGCCCCCGAGGAGCAUGUCAUUGAGCCAAACCAGACCGAGAGCGAACAGGUCGCAAUAAUCAGUCCCGACAGCAUGGAAACCGAUACGCCACUGCUUGCCAGCGACUAUGAGGCUAUGAAGGCCCACGUUCUUCCUCCCUUGGCAGAGGAACCUCGCAUCCUGGAAGACCAAGUCCAUACUUGGGAAGUGCAAAACUGGCGUUCGAUGAACAAGAAAGAGCAUGGGCCAAUAUUUCAUGCUGGGGGCAACCCAUGGCGCAUCCUUUUGUUCCCUUCAGGCAACAAUGUGGCGGACCAUUGCUCCAUCUAUCUAGAACAUGGUUUUGAGGCAAACCAGAUCCCCGAGGACUGGAGUUGCUGCGUUCAAUUCUCUUUGGUCCUCUGGAAUCGCAAUAAUCCUUCUCUUUUCUGCCACCAUUCUGCCCACCAUCGCUUUACUAAGGUGGAGAGCGACUGGGGCUUCACCCGGUUUCUUGAAUUGCGCAAGAUGUUCAACGUCCCUUGGGAUAACGGUGAUCGGCCGCUUGUUGAAAACGAUUGUGUCAACAUUAGCGCCUAUGUCCGGGUUGUGGAAGACGAGACAGGAGUCUUGUGGCACAACCUAAUCAACUAUGACUCUAAGAAAGAGACUGGAUACGUCGGCCUCAAGAACCAGGGCGCCACUUGCUACCUGAAUUCCCUUCUUCAGUCAUUGUACUUUACUAAUGCCUUUCGAAAGGCUAUUUACUCUAUCCCCACCGAACAUGAUGCCGACAUACGCAAGAACAGCGCCUAUACCUUGCAGAGGUUGUUUUAUCAACUGCAACACUCCAAUACUGCUGUUGCGACUAAUGAGCUCACAAAGUCAUUUGGGUGGGAAACUCAGGAGAUCUUCGUGCAACAUGAUGUCCAGGAGCUCAUGCGGAAGCUUAUGGAACGCAUGGAAGAGAAGAUGAAGGGAACUCCGCACGAAAAGUCGCUUCCUGAUUUGUUCAGUGGCAAGACCAAGACAUACAUUUCUUGCAUCAACGUGCCUUAUGAGUCGAGCCGUAUUGAGGAAUUCUGGGACAUCCAGCUCAAUGUGAGCGGCAACAAAGAUUUGUUGGAGAGCUUCCAGGACUGGAUUCAAGUCGAGAGGCUGGACGGAGACAAUCAAUACUUUGCCGGCGACGAGUACAAGUUGCAGGAUGCCAACAAAGGCAUGAUUUUCAUGAGCUUCCCGGAUGUCCUUCACCUACAUCUUAAACGCUUCCUCUACGACGUUCAGCGCGAUGGCAUGCUGAAAAUCAACGACCGUCACGAGUUUCCCGAGGAGUUCGACGCUUCGCCCUACCUAGACAAGGAUGCCGACCGGUCAGAACCUUGGAUAUACCAGCUGCAUGGCGUGUUGGUGCACAGUGGCGACUCAUACACUGGUCACUACUAUGCUUUUCUCAAACCGGAGAAGGAUGGGUGGUGGUACAAGUUCGAUGACGACAAGGUUACUAGGGCUACGAAGCGAGAAGUUUUUGAGGAGAACUUUGGCGGACCAUACAAGUUGCCUAAUGGCCAGCUGCGCCCUUACGGACCUAGGAAGACUCCGUUGAUGCGGCCCAAUAACGCUUAUAUGUUGGUUUACUUCCGCAAGUCGCGACUAGAUAAGAUCCUCUGCCCGGUCACCAAAGAUGAUGCCCCCGCUCAUCUUCAGCGGAAAUUUGAAGAAGAGUAUGCAGCUCAAGAGGCCCGCCGAAGAGAGAGGGAAGAGCAACAUCUUUACUUGGGUGUCAAGGCUAUAACAGAGGAGACUUUCCGAAAGCACGGCGGCACUGACCUCACCAAUUUCGAAGCUACUCAAGAUCAGGAUCCUGCUGCACCCAAGUAUUACCGAGUGCUUCGCACAUCGACAGUCCAAGAGUUGGUAGAACGGAUUGCGGCUGAUAUUGGGCAAGACCCGAAGCGUGUAAGACUGUGGAUUUUGGUCAACCGUCAAAACAAAACAAUUCGUCCCGAUCAACCCAUCAUGGACCUCUCGCCGACUGUUGAGGAGACAUACCGCAAAGCCGCGGCUCAUCGGGAUCAAGCUCUCCGUGUUUGGGUGGAAGUUGCUGAGGAGGUCAAUCCUGAUGGUUCUCCGGUGUGGCCUGCAUACGCUCCGAGCCCCAAUGGAACCGCGAUCAAGAAUGACUUGAUCCUGCUUUUCCUCAAGUGGUUCGAUGCUGACGCUCAGUGCUUGAGAGGCAUUGGCCACAUAUACAUGAGCAAGGAGAAGAAGGUCGAGGAGCUAGUUCCCGUCAUCAUGAAGAAGAUGGGCUGGGGAGAGAAGCUACCAAGCGACGAAAAGAUCCAGAUGUGGGAGGAAAUUAAACCUAGUAUGAUCGAGGGGUUGAAAGCGAGAAACACUCUCAAGCAAGCUGAGCUCCAAGAUGGCGACAUCAUCUGCUUCCAGCGGGUUCACGAAAAGAAGUCCAAACUCGGCCUCGGCGGCGACAAACAAAACUCAGAGGAGGCUAGCAAGCCAUUUGACCGAUACGAAGAUGCGCGCGAAUAUUAUAGUUACCUUUUGCAUAAGAGGGUGGUUCGCUUCUUCCCGCAUCCUCAAAAGUGUGACGAGAAGACUUAUCCUCGUUUUGAGCUCGCGCUCGACGGGCGGAUAAGCUAUGAUCGGCUCUCGGAAAAGGUGGGCGAAAAGCUUGGUGUCGAACCAACUCACAUCCGCUUCUACACCGUCAAUGCUGCAUCAGGGAACCCGAGAACAGCAGUUAAACGGAAUAACAACCCGAACCAAAACCAAACGCUCCAAUCGAUCCUCAUUCCGCCACAGUAUGGAGGCCUUAGCAUGACUCAGCGUAAUGAUGCUCUGUUUUUCGAGGUUCUCGAGAUGAGCCUGGCCGAGCUUGACUUCAGAAAGAGCAUUAGGGUCACUCUGUUGAGCGAUGGCAUCGCCAAAGAGGAGCAAUAUGAUGUCCUGGUGCACAAAGCUGGAAACGUCGGUGACUUGAUCGAGUGCUUGAUCAAGAAGGCCAAACUCCCCAGUGAAGAAGAAGCCGGCCCGAUGCGAGUGUAUGAGACCAGCCACCACCGGUGGACUCGCGAGUUGCCAAGAGAUUAUGCAGUCAUCAGCAUCAACGACUACUCUACACUUGUUGCGGAACGUAUCCCGCAGGAGGAGCUAGAGGCUAAGGAUAACGGCUUAUUCAUCCCGGUCUUCAGCUUCCAGGGCGAGCCGAAUCGAGCUCAUGGGAUCCCGUUCCGGUUUCUGGUUAAAGAAGGCGAGAAAUUCGCCGAUACGAAGAAGAGACUUGAGAAGCGCACUGGCUUCAAGGGCAAGAGCUUCGAAAAGAUUAAAUUUGCUGUUGUGCACAGGCAACAUUCUCUCAAGCCACAGUACCUGAACGAUGAUGACAUCCUCUGGGACUUGCUCACAACCGAGGCUGACUGCCUUGGUAUGGAUUAUCCAGAUCGCUCAAGAUCAUUGCGGAAUGGUGGGGGUGAUCUGUUCCUCAGGGGCUAG